AUGGACAAGAUGACGCAGAUUCACUCGUUGUCGCCCGUCGGCAACUCGAGCCUUCCCGACGACGACGGCGAAGAGUAUCAUGACUCCCUCCAAGGUUAUACAAGAGCGGAUCGUGCCGACAUGUCGCGUAUGGGUAAACAGCAAGAGCUGAGGAGGAACUAUCGGCCUUUGUCUGCACUGGCCUUUACUGUCAUUCUCCAGGGCUGCUGGGAAGUCCUCUUGACUGCGACUUACCAAGGUCUUGUUGAUGGAGGUCCUGCUGGUCUCAUCUGGAGCUUCGUCUGGACAUGGUUUGGCUUCAGCACAGUCAUGCUCUCGCUAGCUGAGAUGUCCAGCAUGGCGCCUACUGCUGGAGGCCAAUACCACUGGGUCUCCGAGUUCUCUCCUGCUAGUGUUCAAAAGCCCUUCAGUUACUUCAUCGGAUGGAUGUCGACGCUCUCAUGGCAGGCCGGCACUGCCUCAGGACCUUUCCUCGUCGGUACCUUGAUACAGUCCUCGGCCGUCGUCAUGUAUCCUGACUAUGCUCCCACCAACUGGCAAGGAACCCUCAUGGUCAUUGCCGUCACCUUCCUCGUCUGGGUCCUCAACAUCUGGGGUGCCAGGAUUAUGCCCAUGUUCCAAAACAUCAUGUUGGUGGUCCAUGUAUUCGGCUUCUUGGCCAUUAUCAUCGUCUUCUGGGUGCUGUCGCCAAGAGCAUCCGCCGAAGUGACUUUUACCCAGUUCACCAACACUGGUGGUUGGAGUUCAAUGGGCCUCACCCUAAUGGUCGGACAAUUAUCCGCGAUCUACGCUUGCAUUUGUUCCGAUUCGGCUGCCCAUAUGGCGGAGGAGAUUAAGGAUGCCGGCAAGACUGUCCCCCGUGCUAUGAUUGGAGCCUACCUCAUGAACGGUCUUCUUGGCAUCAUAUUCCUCAUCAGUUACAUGUUCAUGAUUACCGAUGUCGAUGCUGCACUCAACGACGUAACCGGCUACCCUCACAUGUGGGUUUUCAGCCAGGCCCUUUCCCCUGGCGGUGUUGUAGCGCUCAACGCUAUCCCCACUGUCCUUAUUUUCGCUGGAACCCUCUCGUUCAAUCUUUCUACUUCACGUCAAACAUGGGCAUUUGCUCGCGACCGAGGCCUCCCUUUCAGUGACUGGAUCGGCCAUGUCAACCCAAAGCUUCAGGUCCCAGCUAACGCAGUGACUGUGACUGCCAUCAUCACCGUUGCACUCUCCUUUAUCAACAUCGGCUCUGAUGUUGCUUUCAAUGCUAUCAUCUCACUCAAUGUCGUAGCCUUGAUGAUCACUUACGUCUUCAGCAUCGGUUCCGUUCUCUGGCGACGCAUCAAGCACCCGGAAACUCUCCCAAACUGCCGCUGGUCGCUCGGCCGCUGGGGUGUCUCCGUUAACAUUGGUGGUGUCUUGUACGCCCUACACGCUUUCUUUUGGUGCUUCUGGCCCGAGGGCACGCCCGUUGCUCUCGAGUCUUUCAACUGGGCUAGCGUCAUGUUUGUUGUUGUGUUUGUGUUGAGCCUGGUUGAUUAUCUUAUCCGGGGGAGGAAGGCGUACAAGGGUCCUGUCGUGCUGACGGAGGGUUACAAGGAUCAGUAG